AUGCUAGACAACUGGAUUGCUUUUGCCAGUGACGGAGCAAGUGUAAUGACGGGUAAGAAAGCUGGAGUUGCUACUAAACUACGCGAAAAAAUUCCGAAUCUAUUUACCUGGCAUUGUUUAUGUCAUCGCCUCGAACUCUCAGUACAUGACGUAAUAAAAGAUUGUACUGGAGUCUCUCGUUUCCAAAGUCUAAUGGACAAACUCUACGCUUACUAUCAUCAAAGUCCUAAAAAUUCAAUGGGUUUAGAUAAAUCUUGUGUUGAAGUAGGCAUUGAAAUGAAAAAAAUAGGUCGUGUUUUGAAUGUACGCUGGUCUGCAAGCAGUUUUCGAUCUAUAAAAGCCAUAUGGAAUAAUUAUCCGGGAAUAUAUUUACAUUCCAGAAAAACAACUCUAAUGCGUGCCCAGUCGGAGAUAAAUAGAACGAUUAGAAUUUUAGAAAGUCUGAAAGCUGAACCUGGGGAAAAAGAAAAGGAAAUUAUAGAAGCUAUUCAGAAAGGAAUUAACAAAGGUGUCAAUAUUACAAUGACAAAAUCAGGAGGGAUUAACAGGUUACAAUUUUUGCAAAAUUUAGUAGACAGAAUGCGUCAACGCUUAUUUGAUGACUCAAAAAAUAAAACAAUGCUAGAAGACAUUCAGGUGAUUGAUGAAGUGUUCAAAGUAGCAACUAAUGAUGCAAAGGGAGAAGAUGAAGUUAAAAGAGUAUCACGGACAUUAGGUUUUUCUGAAUUUGAAAGUGUAGUUGACUUCCGUUCAAGAAAUGUUUUUUCUAGUUUCAUGAAAGCAUUAAAUAUACUCCCAACUUCAACAGCUGAUUGUGAACGAGGGUUUUCCGAUAUGAAUUUGACAAUAACUGAUUUAAGGACUAGAUUAAACAUUGAAAAUGUGUCAGAUUUGAUGUUCAUCUCUAUCAAUGGCCCUUCAGUUGCAGAUUUUAAUCCUAGACCUUAUAUUAAAAUUUGGUUAAGAGAUCACCGUUCUGCCGUUUCCACUCCUAGAGGUAAAGAAAGAAAAGAAAUAGACGACGAAAAUAAGAUGCAGAAAUUAUUUUUUAACAAUUUAUUUAAUUAAAUUUUUUAGUAUUUGUAUAUUUUCAUAUUUUAUUGACUUAUAAAGGUAAUUUCAAGCUUUUUUUAAAAGUUUGAUUUUUUUUUCAUAUUUUUAACACAUCCUUUAUAAUUAUAGACCACAGUAAAAAUAUUUGUAUAUUAUUAAAUAUUCAUGUUUAUUACUAAAUCAUGGAUCUUCACCUCGACUAGUCUUAGUAUACUCUCAAAAAAAAUAUUGGGAACA